GAAAAAAUUGUUCCAGGUUGGUUUAUGUUUCAUUUGUUUAAAUUUUGAGGAGUUGCUGAGAUAUCAUUAUUUUGAUUUUGGAGGGAAACAUAACUAUUUAUUUGUGAUCAUUUUCAUUUAAUAUUGAGAUUGUCAUUAUUUAUUUCUGGACGGAAAAGUGUCUUUGUUUAAUCAUCAUUAUCAUUUAAUUUAGGGUUAAUGACAUGUAAAUUACUAAACUAUAGCCAAAUUCUGGUCUGUGUACCGAAUUUCAAAGUGUAUUAAGGAAAUUUCUAAACUAUUAAUUUGAUCUGAUUUGGGAUCUCCGGAAAAGUUUCGGCGAAUUAUUGAUGACAUGGACCUCCAGAAAAUCCUACGUAUUAAGGCCGGACCUAAUUCUAAACGCAGUCGUUUAGUCUUCAGAAAACUUCGUCGUUUUCACAGAAAUUGCACUUAACCUUCUUCAAUAAAUUCGUAUACCCAUAACCCUAAUUCACACUUGCGUAGCUUUAUUUGCACAUCAUUCGAAUCCGUCUCCAUGGGCAAGUCGUCGAACUGGAACAGUGAAACUGGAGAGUCAUUCUCCAGCUCGGGGUCGUCGGACCUAGGGUAUAACCCACCCAACAACGCGCAUUUGUGUAAUUGGGCUCCUCGUCCAAAGCUCUGCAAACAUGGCUUUGCGUCCUUGCGGACUUCGCACACUUCCGUAAACCCUUUUCGCCGCUUCUACUGCUGCAGCCUUCGAGGGUCCAGAGAAGCAUGUGGGCUUUGGGAAUGGUUUGAUCCGGAGUUGAAUGACUACUACAAAGAGCAGAUUUUAAAACUCAGGCUUCAAUCGAUUAGUGCUGAAGAGGAGCGUGAUCAAGCCACAAUGAAUGCUGCUUUGAGCCGUGAAAGGAUGGAUACCAGAGAGCGUGAAAGCCAUUCAGUGGUUGUGGAGCUGGAUUUACUGAAGGCGAAGAACGACGUACUUGAAGGCACAGUGUGCAAAGAUUCGGAUGACGAAAUGGUUUAUUUGUGUGGUGGCUGUCUUGUUUGCUAUGCUGUGGCUCUUGAAGUAAUGUAGGGAUUUGCUUAGGUUUUAGAUAGGUUGAAGAGGACUUAGGUAAUCUUCCUUUCGUAUUAGAUAGACCUAUCUACAGUUGUAGGUAAACUUUGUUAUCAAUCAAGACUUGUGAAGUCUUGCUUUUGGCUGGUUAAUGUAAUUCUAAUACUUCAUCUUUAGUAAUGUUAAAAGUUUGAGUA